AUGGUAGUGCAAAACCUACAGAACUGCAGCACAUCAAUGAAAAAAUCCGAAGUGUGCUUAAGCCAUCCCCCAAAGUCCAUUCAUGAACAGGCAAAACAAGAAGAAGAAGAAGAAGAAGAAGAAAAGCAUGAUAAGAAAGCCUAUAUUCUGCAAUUACCAGACCACAUUAUAGUGGAGAUCUUCUGCAAAAUCCCAACUAAAACGCUCAUCCAGUGCCAAUGUGGAACCCCCAAAUACAGUGCCCAACUGGGAUGGCAGAUUAAACACACCCACUUCUUGGUCGGCCUGAAGCACAAGUGGAACGGAAACCAUGUGGCACUGAAGCUUUGUAGAGACCCAAUUUUCCGAACAGGAGAUAUACAUAUUGUGAGUUCAUACAACGGUUUGCUUCUAUGCGAAGACAGGUUGAUGGGAUCGGUGAGUCUUUACAUUUCCAAUCCCAUUACCGCUGAGUCUUUAGCAAUUCCAAAACCUUUGAAAAUCCGUUUUACAAAUUGUUAUUCUGGCUUUGGGUUUAGUCCCAUCAGUGAUGUCUACAAAGUUGUUCUGAUUAAUAAGCCAAACAAUGAGUCCAAGGAACCGGGGGCGAGGGUUCUCACCGUUGGUUGUACUACUUGGAGAAUCAUCGAAGGUUUUGAGAUUUUCGCAUUAUCAUAUGGUACUUAUCAUAAUGGAUUUAUUCAUUGGUUAGGCCGGCGUACGGAUUCUCUCGGGAUCUUUGCUUUUGAUGUUGAAACUGAGCAUUUCCAGCAAUUUCCCCUACCCCCUUUCCAGUUUGAUAUGGACAAUAUGCCUAAUUAUAAGCUUGGAGUCAUGAAAAGUUGCAUCUCUUUAACAGUUCAUUUGCUUAAUAAUAUAACCGUUUGGGUGAUGAAGGAGUAUGGCGUUGAGGAAUCUUGGACCCAAGAGCUUGAAAUUUGCAAGAACUGGGGUUCCUGUCGUUCAUAUUAUUUCAAAUCCGUAAAAUUUACCGAGGAUGGAAAAGUAUUGAUAUUAGGUAGGGACGGAUAUUUGCGAGUUUAUUUUCCUAAUACAGGGGGCUUUGCGUGGAUUCAUAUCGAUGGGAUAUCAUGGAAUAGUGACGCACUUGUCCACGUUCCAAGCUAUGUUUCACUUAAAGAUGUUAUCAGAGGUUAG